GUUCCUGCCUUAAUCUAUCUCCUCUUCAAUGGACAUUUUGCUGCCUCUAUUGUGCUAUCUGCCAGCAUCAGCCUCCUGGUUCUUUCGGUCCUGAAUAUUUUUUCUUUUUCUUGCACAAUCACCAAGCAGGAAUUGGCUUUGACUCUGGAGGUGGCUCUGACAGGUCCUGACUAGAUGUUCGACUUUGCUUUCAUGACUCUUGGAGGCCCCCCUAGCACAGGCUGCGUAAGCACUUCAUUGUCUUCCUCCCUGGUUAAUAACCCACUGGUUUCUGGUCCUUUCUGUCGCUGUGGCUCUGACAAGAGUGCUGGCUUCAGGCUCUGGGUAUAGUGUAGUCUGUCCUUAUUCUACAUCGAGGAGGUGACACUUAAGCCAUAAUUAAAGGAAAAUACAGCUCCUUUGGCAAAGGCCAGAUCUUCCUGUGAUCAGAAGAGCUGGUGAGGAUAGCAGGCAUGGCUCUACUCCAGGUACUGUCCUAGUUUCUGAGGCUACUCGGUACCGCCAGCGAGGAUCCUGCGGCACCAUGAAUCCCCCUGGCAAAUGUGAUGAAAGUUCUGACAUCCAUAUCCGUUCUGGAAUCUCAGAGGAAGAGAAAGCAGCAGUGAAAAAGCGGAAGGAGCUAGUCUUGACAACCUUGAGGAACUUGGGCCUUAAUGCCAACAAGGCUCCUGUGGUUUCUGUCCUGGUCUCUGGCGGGGGCCUGAGGGCCGCCAUAGCCUGCCAAGGCAUCCUUAGUGAGCUGAGCAACGUGGAGCUCCUGGACCUGGUCACAUACCUUGCGGGGGUCUCUGGCUCCACUUGGUGCAUGUCCUCCCUCUACACCAAGAGUGAUGGGUGGCAGAACCUGCAGAAGGCAGAGAAUGAGUUACGGAGGCGACUGCAGAAGGACAAAUGGAAUUUCUCUCAUGCCCUGACUGGGCUCUGCAUGGCUGCAAAGAGGGAUGACUAUUCCCUGACUGACUUCUCGUCCUAUACCCUUGUCUACUUCCUUACUAAGGAACUUCUGGAUGCCAACCUGUCAGGUUCAAGGAGUCAGUCUGAGACGGGGACUGUGCCGUAUCCCAUAUUUGCCACUGUCGACCAUUACUUCAAACGCGAAGGAAAGAAGACUCUGAAGUCCUGGUUUGAAUUCACUCCUCAUGAAGCUGGCUACCCAACACUUGACCUCUCAACACCUGGUGCUUAUGUUUCUACCACCCUUUAUGGGAGCAAGUUCAAGGCAGGGAAGCUCAUCCAACAGGAAGCUGAAAGGGAUUUAUCCUACCUGAGAGGAUUGUUUGGCAGUGCUCUGGUGGACAGAAAUUCUAUUCUCACAUCUAUAAGAGAUUUCUUAUUGAAAUUCAUCCAUCAGGAUAGUACCGAGAAACAAAACCUCCUAGGUCUGUAUCCCAAAGAGAUAGAAGGAAAAGGACUUGUGCUUGAAGGAGAUAUCUUGAAAACCAUCAUGGAAGAACUAGUCACCUUGGUUUACAUCUUUACUACUGGUGGAGACUAUCUGCCAGUCCUGGAAAGUCUCCAAUUUAAAAUGGCAGGGUACAAAGAUUUUUCUCAGUCUCAGAGAAUGAUCACCAAGAUGCUUCAGCACUCGCGCCAGACCUCUUCAGAUCAACAGAGACAAUCCAUUCUGGACUUACUCACAGAGGUUUUGAAGCAUGAUGCAAAGGAAGAGCGCAAUAUCCGACCUUUCGUCCAAUUCAUAUGGAAGACUUUCAAGUGCCUCUUAUUCUGGACAUGGGGAACAACAAAUAACUUUCUGUAUAAGUAUGGAGACAUCAAGGACAAGGAUCUCACAGACCAGGAAAAUCUGUAUUUGAUGGAUGCUGGCCUGGAUAUCAACUGUGCCUAUCCCCUGGUCCUGCCCCCAGUGCGGGACACUGACAUCAUCCUCUCCUUUGACUUCAGUGAAGGGGAUCCAUUUUUGACCAUCAAAGAUACAGCAAAGUAUUGCAAAGCCUGCAAUAUCCCCUUCCCUCCGGUGGAUGAAGAUAAGCUCGACCAAGAUGCCGAGGCUCCCUCUGACUUCUACAUCUUUGAAAGGGAGAAGGGCCCUGUGGUCAUGCACUUCCCCCUUUUCAAUAAAGUGAAUUGCGGCAGCCCAGAGGUCAUCAAGAAGAGACGUGAGACCUUUGCGACAUUCCGCUUUGACGACUAUUCUGAUGAUGAGGUGCGUCAACUCCUGGAAGAUGCGAAGGCCAAUGUGAGGAACAAUAAGGAAAGAAUCUUGGGAAAGAUCUGUACACUGGCACGGGCAGCCUCAUAGGACGGCGGCCUCCAAAGCUUCUGCCCUCACAGGGUGCACACACGCUGGCAUGGCUUCUACUACCCAGGAGCAGCUGUUGUUCCUUCUGCCCUUCUGGGACAAUCUCUCAGUCAGCUGCUCCAGAAAUGCUUUCAGUGGCCAACUCUUUUUAGAAGGCCCCGCCAUUAUGCUUCGUACUCUCAGACGACUUGUCUGCCUUCUGCUUACCCUCUCUCAGGGCCAAUAAAAUGUUGUCCUGGCUCACAGCCAUCUCGAGUUUCAUCCUUCUUGUUACUCUUCUAUUUACAGAAGCUUAGAGUUGCCAGGAGGAGGGCUGGUCCCAGGGCGAGGACACAGGAAUUGGAGUCACGGUUCAGACACUGGAUGUGGGUCCCUGAUACAGUUUGCUCUAAGCUUCUGUUUCUUCUUAUAUAGAACAGUGAUAUAUAGGCAAUGUCCAGCUCAGAUCUGCUGAGUGAGGUGGGGAAGAAUGUAGCAUCCCAAGCAUAUUCACAUCUAUGAAAUAUAAAUGACUGUAUGGCGACUGUGUCUCCAAGCAUGAGGCUUUACCGAUAAGGUUUGUGAAGGUAACCUUGACCUGAUCAUGCGACCUAUUGACCAUCACAAGCCCAUUAACAUAUUCGGAGACUUGCCGGGAAAGCGCGGUUACGUCCUACACGCCCAAAAGGUGUUCCCUCCAUUGUACCACCCAAUCUUGAUUGUCUAAGAUAUGUGAUGUAAUUGUUACGUGAUUAGAGGCAUCCCUCUGCCUCCUCAUCAAUAAAAGCAAGGCAACCCCUGGAAUUCUCUCUUUUUAGGAAGGUUCUUUCCCUCGCUAGGAUCACAGUUUCUCUCUCUCUCUCUCUCUCUCUCCUCCAAGUCCUUUCCUUCCCCGAGGCUGUGACCAUCUCGGCCUGCAUUCUCUAUCUUAAUCUCCUCAACCACCUCCUAUUCCAUUAUCCUCAUUUUCCACCUUAAGGAAAAUCAUAGGGGUUGCCUGCCCUAUCCAACCACUGACCUGUCCGUGUCUUUCAUUUCCACCCUGGUUCUCGGUUCCUACCUCUCCUCGGGUCCCAUCACAAAGGGGAGCCCCUUCCCUUGUGGGACCCUGCUGGUCAGGGAAGUCCAUUAGGAGCGAAC